AGGAAUGGAGGUUAUCUUCAAGAAUCUAAACUUGAUCAAUCAAAGUUUUAUGAGGUUCACGAAACAAACAAAUUAGAGAAAGAGCAGGAGGAAAUCCUUAGAAAACUCCAAAAUCCAAUCUUUAUCGUACCAAUCCAUAUUUAAGAAUGCUCUCCUCGUUUGGCAUUUUUGUCUGCAUUUAAUGAAUUCAUGGUGACAUCAGAAGGUAAAGUUACAUAUUCUUCACUUUCUGAUCUAGAAAUGAAGAAGGGAAAAGGUCCUUGCAAUGAAGAGUGCAAUGAUGCUGCCUGGACAUUGACAGAAAAGGCAAAACCUGAGGAAAACAGUUAUCGUUGUUCAUACCCAUCACUCGACCCUGAUGAUCUAGUGGAUGGAGGAUAUGAUACCUGUGAUAAUUACUAUAGCUCUAUGGUGAAGAGCGGCCCUCCUGAGGUUAACGUGAGAAAUGUGUUGAGUGGUAUAUUUGCUAUCUUGAUGGGACGCAAUAAAGGUGCUGCAAUUGCGAAUGUAGUUUCACAGUUGCCUAGUUCAAAUUCGAAUGUUUCAUUUCUUGGGUCUGGAAAGAACGGAGAGACAUUCGUGCACUCCUCGGUAUAUAUACCGAGUGCUCCGCCACUGAUUCAGCCAAAUGUGUUUGACUAUAAUGCUUACAAGGAGGUCAUGGAAGCCGAACCUCCAGAGUGGCUUCCAGACAGUUCAUCUACGAUCUGUAUGCAGUGCACGGCCCCCUUCACGGCCUUAACUCGUGGAAGGCAUCAUUGUCGGUUUUGUGGUGGAAUUUUUUGUAGGACAUGCUCACAAGGAAGGUGCUUAUUGCCCGUUAAGUUUAGGGACAAAAACCCGCAACGGGUGUGUGACACCUGCUACGAGAAACUUGAUCCAUUGCAGGGUGUACUUAUAAAUACCCACAGCAAUGCUGUGCAGGUUGCAAAGCAUGAUGUCACAGACUGGACUUCUGCAAGAUCCUGGUUGAACCUUCCACUGGGUUUCUCCAUGGAGGAUGAGAUAUUUAAAUCAUCUAAUUCUUUGAGGAGUUAUGCCCAGGUUGCUCGGCUGAACCCUGAGAGGGCCAUUCCUACGGUUAUUCUAAAAGGAGCCAAAGGUUUAGCAAUAUUGACAGUAGCCAAGGCUGGGGCUCUGCUUACUUAUAAACUUGGAACUGGGCUAGUUGUUGCACGAAGACCCGAUGGAUCGUGGUCUGCGCCAUCAGCUAUAGUCUCGCUUGGUUUGGGAUGGGGUGCACAGGUAGGAGGCGAGCUCAUGGACUUCAUCAUCGUGCUACACGACUCUAAAGCUGUGAAAACCUUUUGUAGCCGCAUGCAUUUUUCUCUUGGUGCUGGCUGCAGUGCUGCAGCGGGUCCCAUUGGGAGGGUUGCGGAGGCUGAUCUGCGUACUGGAGAUAAAGGUUCCGGGAUGUGCUACACUUACAGUUGUAGUAAAGGUGCAUUUAUUGGUGUCUCACUCGAGGGGAACAUUGUUGCAACAAGAAUGGACGCGAACCUUCGCUUCUAUGGCGAUCCGUAUCUUACAACAGCAGACAUCCUUCUUGGGACAGUUGACAGGCCAAGGGCUGCUGAGCCAUUGUACUCAGCUCUUAAAGACCUUUAUGCCAAGCUUCCAGCCCAGAUUCAAGCAGGUUCUCUCUGAGACUUGAACCAUCCUCUAUAUUUGAUAUCUGUUGAAGUGUUGAUGAUAAAUUGUACAGUAUACACUUGAGUACACUGGAGCACAACAUGAUAAAUUAUUUAUAUCAUUGCCAUACUUCACCUAUUAGUGUACUAUGAACCUCAUUCUUACCUACAGCUUGUGGUUCAAAUGGAAUAAACUUAGUUCUCUUUAGACUAGGUUUCACAUUCUUGUCUUAUAAAUGAAAUCAUUAAGUUUAUUUCAAUUCUCUAA